GUGGUGAAAAUGCUUCUCCUUUUGGUGACAGCCUUUGCCAUAUGUUGGACACCAUUACAGAUCCUGAACCUCUUGUUAUGGAUAUUUGAUUCGCUCCGUCAGGUCGACGAUAAAUUUCAUUACUACUUGUAUUUCGCGAUUUACUUCUCAUGCCAUUGGGUCUCGUGUUUGAGUUCAAUCAUAAACCCUAUAAUCUAUUGCUUUCUCAGCGAAAACUUUAAAUUGAAAGACUUGAUAAACAUAAUGACAUGCAAUGAAAGGCGAAACAAUGAGAGAUAUCGACAUUCGGUUGGAAACCAGAAUUCAUUGCCAGCUAUUCGUAGGAAACAAAUCCACAUUAGAUUUAACGCAAACACCGAACAAACCAUUUGAUUGACACACAAAUAAUUUGCACACAUUUUUCUUUCCCUGUAUUCCGUAUUAAUAUUUUAUUAUUUUUAUUGUAAAUGGGCAUGCUAAAUGUUUAGUUUUUCAUCAAAUAUAUAUACC